GGGGAGCCCCCUUCAGCCCUGCAUCCACUGCAGGCGCCCGCGGCGAUGCCGGGGCUCCCGCUGCCUUUCCUCCUGCUCCUCCUCGGCCCCGGGCCCCCCCGGGGGGCGGCGCAGCCCUUCCCGCGGGACCUGGUGGCGCGCAGCACCGUGGGGCUGGCAGCCACCGCCGCCUACCCCCGCUUCGGCGGCCUUCGGGGGGACAACGCCACGGCCCAGCUCGGCCUUGACUUCCAGCGCAUGCUGCGCCUCAACGGCACCCUCUUCGUUGCUGCCCGGGACCACAUCUAUGCCUUCGACCUGGGGCAGGACAAGGGGACACUGUACCCUGAGCGGCACCUCACCUGGGAAACACGGGACAGGGCAAACUGCGCCAUGCGGGGCCGGCUGCAGGAUGAGUGCCACAACUACAUCAGGGUGCUGGUGCCCCGCGACGCCGGCACCCUCCUGGCCUGCGGCACCAACGCCUUCAGCCCCCUCUGCCGCACCUACCAGGUGAGCAGCCUGGCGCAGGAGGGUGAGGAGGUGAGCGGCCAGGCCCGGUGCCCCUUCGACGCCAAGCAGAGCAUCGUCGCCCUCUUUGUCGACGGCAGCCUGUACUCCGCCACGGUGGCCGACUUCCAGGCGAGCGAUGCGGUGAUCUACCGCAGCCUCAGCCCCGGGCGGCCCCCCCUGCGCACCCUCAAGUACAGCUCCCGCUGGCUGCAGGAGCCCCACUUUGUCCAGGUGCUGCCCUACGGCCCCUAUGUCUACUUCUUCUUCAGGGAGGUGUCGGUGGAGCUCAGCGCCAUGGGCAAGGUGCUGGUGGCGCGGGUGGCCCGCGUGUGCCGCAAUGACCGCGGCGGCUCCCCGCGGGUGCUGGAGCGGCGCUGGACCUCCUUCCUGAAGGUGCGGCUGCAGUGCGCUGUCCCCGGGGACACGGUCUUCUCCUUCGAUGUCCUGGAGGCAGUGACACCCCCCCGGGCCCUGCACGGGCGCCCCGCUGUCCUCGCCCUCUUCGGCACCCAGCCCAACAGCAUCCCCGGCUCGGCCGUCUGCGCCUUCUACCUGGCGGACAUGGAGCGGGCGUUUGAGGGCCCCUUCGCUGAGCCCCGCGGCGCCGCCGGCACCUGGACCCCAGUACCCGAGGACAGGGUGCCCCAACCCAGGCCGGGCUGCUGCGCUGGGAUGGGACCGGCCACCGGCGUCACCUCCUCCGGGGACUUCCCUGACGAGACGUUGUCCUUCGCCAAGGAGCACCCGCUGCUGCACGGGGCCGUGGCACCCGCGGGCGGGCGGCCCCUCUUCACCCGCACCGGCACCAGGCUGACCCGGCUGGCGGUGGACACGGGCGCGGGGCCGUGGAGGAACCAGACCGUGCUCUUCCUGGGUGCUGAGGACGGGCGGGUGCUGAAGGUCCUGAUGGCCGCGCAGCACCCCAGUGGCACCCCAGCACCCAGCAAUGUCCAGGAGCCUGGUGACACCAGGGGCACCGGCUCUGAGGCGCUGCUGCUGGAGGAGAUCAGCCUCUAUGACCCCGCACGGUGCCGGGGACCGCGCGGUGCCAGCCGGGUGCUGGGGCUGGAGCUGCACUCGCCGGGCCAGGAGCUCUACGUGGCCUUCGCGGGGUGCCUGGUGCGUGUGCCCCUGAGCCGCUGCGCCCAGCACGGCGCCUGCCGCAGGAGCUGCCUGGCUGCCCGGGACCCCUACUGCGUCUGGCUGCCUCCCGCGGGCUGCGUCCCCUUCUCCGAGGACCUUCCGAGCAGCUUCACGCAGGACAUGGAGGGAUCCCCCGGAGUUACUGGGACCUGCCAAGAUCCACCAGCUGCAGGGGACAGUGACGGGGACAGGGACGUAGCCCAUGGGGUGCAUCAGCCCGGGCUGGGGGCCGCGGCGACGGUGCCGGUGCCGGUGCUGGUGGGCUGCGUGCUGGGGGCCUUCGCCCUGGGCGCCCUCGCUGCCGCGCUGCUGUCGGCCUCCUGCCGCCGCCCCGCCGAGCCCAAGCGACCCCCGGAGCUCCCCAGCGCCCCGCGGCCCCCGGCCCAGCCGCCUGCCCCCCGCCUCUACCCCCUGCUGCCGCCCCAGGGCGGGGCCGGGGACCUGCGGGACCCCCCUGAGCCGCCCCCCCCCGAGGCCGCGCUGCAGACACCCACCACGGCGCCCCAGGAGCGGGCGGCGGAGCCGCGGCGCAGCCAGGCCACCCAUCUUGGCACCCCGGGGUGCCUGGAGCCCCCGGGCCCGGGCCCCCCACCCAAGGCCCCCCUGGAGGAGCUACUGCAGCGGCUGCAUGGGGUGGGGGGCUCGGGGUGGCCGGUGACCCCCCCGGGCGCCAACUCCUUCGCCAACCGGGUCCAGCCGGGUGCCCCCUUCUCCAGCCUGCCCCUGGCCCCCCAUGACCGCGCACCCCAGCGGCUGGACGUGCCCCCCGACAGCCCCCCCCCGCCCCGGCAGCCCCUGGCACAGAGACACUCUCUGGAGGGGGGGCUGCCCAUGAGACCCCCUGGCCUGGCCCGGGGGCUCACCCGCAUGCACUCGCUGGGGGGCCCGGGGGGGCCGCCCUGGGGCCCCCGGCCCGGUGCGCUGGAGCGCUCCUUCUCCCUGAAGCCCCCCGUGCUGCCCAAGCCCCUGCACGUGCCGGCAGCCCCCGGGCGGCCCUGAGGCCCCCCCAGGGACAUCCUGGUGCCCAGCACCCCUGGGACACCCCUCCUGUGGGGGGCUCUGGGUGGCAGGGUCCCUGAGCCAUGAGGGUCCCCGUGCCCCCAGGCUGGCCCCCACCAGGGUGAUGAGGGUCCCCAAAGUGACGGGGUGACAACCCUGAGCCAGCCCCAUCUCUCAGCCCGGCGUGAGGAGGGUCCCCACGUCCUCCCCUCCAAGGGCUUUUGUGUCUGUUUUGGGUGGGUGUUUUUGAUCCUUUCUAAUUUAUUUGCUGCUUUGGGUAUGGGGGGGGGCCGCCCCCCCCCCCCCCAACACCAGAGCUCGGCUCGUCCUACUGUGUAGGACCCGGGCUGGGCCCCGCACUGACCACGCUGAUUAAAGCCACGUCGCUCCCA